AUGGCCAUCUACUACAGCUAUGCCACCCCUUAUGAUGAUGGAUACAACCACACUGACUCUGAUUUCGAGCCUCGCGAGGUUGCCCUUACACACACCUACAACUACGACGACUACCAGGAGGACAUUGACUACAGUCCUUCAGCGAACUCGGGGCUAGAUGACAACUUCGAGGACUACUACGACACUGAAGCGGCCCGGGAGGGUUUAUUUCCGGGCGAAGUGGACAUCUGGGAGGAGCAGUAUGUGGAGGAGACAGACGAGGUAGAAGUUUCAGAGGCGUGGGGCAGUGAUGACGAAGAACUCAGUCAGAGAGGACAUUGGGAGGAGUACGACGAGGCCCGAGAUAUCUCGGAGGCGGACUACGGCGGCCGAGAAGACGGGUGCGAGUAUGACCAGGGGAGCUUCGCAGUGGGGCGCUCUUUUGAGGAGCCGUAUUCCGACGACACACAUCCUGCCUUCGACUUCACCGGGUCUGACGACACCCGGUACGAAGAACUGUCGCUUGAGGAGCUCCAAGGCAUUUACGACCGCCACGAAGUUGCGGAGGAGGACCGGGAGGCUUUCAGAGAGAUGCUGCGGGAGCUUUACAUGUGCGAGAUCGAAGAAUACCAGUUCAUUCAAGAUGGCUAUGUGUGGGACAACAAUACUGGCGAAUACAUUCACCCUGCAACAACCCAGGCAACAGACUCGGAGGGUCCCGCCAUUGAUGACCAGAUUGCGCAACUUCGCCUCGUGGAUACACCAGCACUGCAACCAAGUAAACCAGCCCCUAGUAUCCUCUCGAGCAGUUAUACUCCGGGUCGGGAUAUGUAUGCACCUUCAGUUCGGCGGCCCAACCAACCACAUAGACCUCCACGGGCUCCUCGCAUAUGCCCGCCGGGGUGGUCCUUGAACGCAUUUGGCUACCCUGAACGACCAGCGCCACAACACCGUCGGAACCCAUUGCCUCGACCAGUGCCGAAGGGCCAGAAAAAUGUGGCACGGGCCAGAGAGCAUCCCCCGCACCUGUCGGUCACUCCCAAAGGUGUUGGUGGGAUGAGAGAUGCUGCACCCAAAGCCACAGUUGCUAUCGUUGCGGACAAUAGCAACUGCACCUUGGCCACACCCUCUCUCCCCUCCACCAACACAACCACCCCUAAGCUCGGAGCAGCUAUCACCACUUUAUCAGUGCAAGCGCCGAGUGCCCAGAUGGGCAGCGACAACGACGGCAGCAAUACUGGCAAGGUCCCCCAGCGUGAUAUCGGACCGAGACGGACCCGUGGCCCACCAGACAAGCUGCCGAGUACUUCUUCAGCAAGAGAAGCUCGAUCCCGCGCAACUCCCGCAGCUCAUAUUGACAAGAUGAGCGCGCUCGUCUUCAUUUGCUCUCAUACAUUACAGUCUUUUAGUUCUUUUUUUUCUAGAUAG